AGUCCCAGGAGGAGUUCCAAACCAGUCUGCAGAACUUGCUAAGGAAAAGAGAGAGAAUGAGAAAGCAAGAGAGGGAGAAAGUCAGAGCGCUAGGAAGAAACCAAAACAGAAAAACAGAAAGGGAACGAAAGAAAGAAAGAAGCCAGAGGGCAGGAAGGUAGACGCUGCAAGCAGAUGCCACUUGCUUAUCAUGAACGAUCUUCACAGAGGCGGUCUUCUGACUGAGAACAGCACGGUCCUUGGCAGAAAAGGUGGACAAGUCGUAUUUUCAAGAGAAGAUGACUUUUAACAGUUUUGAAGGAUCUAGAACUGUUGUACCUGCAGACACCAAUAAGGAUGAAGAAUUUGUAGAAGAGUUUAAUAGAUUAAAAACAUUUGCUAACUUCCCAAGCAGCAGUCCUGUUUCAGCAUCAACAUUGGCGCGAGCGGGCUUUCUCUACACUGGUGAAGGAGACACCGUGCAGUGUUUCAGUUGUCACGCGGCAGUAGAUAGAUGGCAGUAUGGAGACUCAGCUGUUGGAAGACACAGGAGAAUAUCCCCAAAUUGCAGAUUUAUCAAUGGUUUUUAUUUUGAAAACGGUGCCACACAGUCUACAUCUCCUGGCAUCCAAAAUGGCCAAUACAAAUCUGAAAACUGUGUGGGAAACAGAAAUCCUUUUGCUCUUGACAGGCCGUCGGAGACUCAUGCAGAUUAUCUCCUGAGAACUGGACAGGUUGUAGAUAUUUCAGAUACCAUAUACCCGAGGAACCCGGCCAUGUGUAGUGAAGAAGCCAGAUUGAAGACAUUUCAGAACUGGCCAGACUAUGCCCAUUUACCCCCCAGAGAGUUAGCUAGUGCUGGACUCUACUACACGGGGAUUGAUGAUCAAGUGCAAUGCUUUUGUUGUGGUGGAAAACUGAAAAAUUGGGAACCCUGUGAUCGUGCCUGGUCAGAACAUAGGAGACACUUUCCCAAUUGCUUCUUUGUUUUGGGCCGGAAUGUUAAUGUUCGAAGUGAAUCUGGUGUGAGUUCAGAUAGGAAUUUCCCAAAUUCAACAAAUUCUCCAAGAAAUCCAGCCAUGGCAGAAUAUGACGCACGGAUCGUUACUUUUGGAACAUGGCUAUACUCAGUUAACAAGGAGCAGCUUGCAAGAGCUGGAUUUUAUGCUUUAGGUGAAGGUGAUAAAGUGAAGUGCUUUCACUGUGGAGGAGGGCUCACGGAUUGGAAGCCAAGUGAAGACCCUUGGGAACAGCAUGCUAAGUGGUAUCCAGGGUGUAAAUAUCUAUUGGAUGAGAAGGGACAAGAAUAUAUAAAUAAUAUUCAUUUAACCCAUUCACUUGGGGAAUCUGUGGUAAGAACUGCUGAAAAAACACCAUCAGUAACUAAAAAAAUCGAUGAUACCAUCUUCCAGAAUCCUAUGGUGCAAGAAGCUAUACGAAUGGGAUUCAACUUCAAAGACAUCAAGAAAACAAUGGAAGAAAAGCUCCAAACAUCUGGGAGCAACUAUCUAUCACUUGAGGUUCUGAUUGCAGAUCUUGUGAGUGCUCAGAAAGAUAAUUCGCAGGAUGAGUCAAGUCAGACUUCAUUGCAGAAAGACAUCAGUACUGAAGAGCAGCUAAGGCGCCUACAAGAGGAGAAGCUUUGCAAAAUCUGUAUGGAUAGAAAUAUUGCUAUAGUUUUUGUUCCUUGUGGACAUCUGGUCACUUGUAAACAGUGUGCGGAAGCAGUUGACAAAUGUCCCAUGUGCUACACAGUCAUUACGUUCAAGCAAAAAAUUUUUAUGUCUUAAUCCAGCACCACAGUAGGCAUGUUAUGUUCUUCUUACUGCAAUUGAAUGUGUGAUGUGAGCGAACUUUAAGUAAUCAGCAUCGCAUUCCAUUAGCAUCUGCUCCCAGAUGGAAACAAAUGUUAACAGCACUGUUUCAGGCUAAUCUUUGAAUUUCUGGAUCUUGAAUUCCCGAUCUUAGGUUAUUAGCUGUUUUACCAUUUAUCCAGGGUUUGACGCGUUUGAAACCUUAGACAAAGAAGCAUUUUAUAACUUUUCACAUGUAUAUUUGUAGUACACUGACUUGUUUUCCGUGUAUAAGUGAAUGAGUCACCUGCAUUUUUCAUUCCUUUUUUCAUAAGCUUAACAAGCGGAGUGUUCUGUAUAAGCAGGGAGGUUUGAUUUAAUCUGCCCAAUCAUUUUAAUUUGCUUAUUGUAAACAGGGAAAGAACUGUUCCACACUGGUGGGAGGAUGAACAUUGUUUUUAGAUGUUUGUUUCUGUGUUUUAGGAUUCUGUUCAUUUACUUGGGAUUUAUUGGAAUUGUAAAUGUACUUAUAUGAAUAUUUUUAAGUGAUUUUGCCAUCUCCUAAAAGAUAUCUAAUGGUGGACUACCACCUAACUAGCAUGUACUGACAUAGAAAAGCAUCACAGAUAUAUGUAUAAAACAGAGAUG